AUGAGAAAAAAAUAUACGAAACUCCGCUUCACUUGUGUUUUUUUCUAAUUUUACUGUCAUUAGGCCGAUAAAUUGAUGCAUAUUUUGUAUGCAACAGUUAUUUUGACUUAAUAAAGUGCUCUAGUAUGUACCAGUUUAACGCGGGGAAUGCUCUAAGUGCGUCUAUUCACUAAAAUCAAUAACAAUCGCUGACCAACAAAGUUACCAAAAUGAAUUAUGAAUCGGAACGAGCCAUGAAUCAGAAGAGGUUGCGAAUGGAUCCGGAGCCGGGUCACGGUGUUGUGCAGGGGAAUGGUUUGCCGCUAAAUUACAUCGAUAAUGGACAUCAGAUCCCGUAUCAGCCGUAUGCGGGGGCAUACAACACUCACUACCCGCCGCCAGACGCAUUCGCGGCAUACGGGCCGCCGCCCCCGGGGGGCUACGCCCCACAGAAUUUGUCGUACGCACCUCCCGCGCAUCAGAAUUACCCACAUCACCAGAGUUUCCCGCCACAACAGCCGCCGCAGGCUCAAUUACAUAUGCAAACUCACUUGGGGUACGGAGACGUGGGAGUGCACAAGCCGGCGUGGCCGCCGCAGCCGCACCUGCUGCCGCCGCUCGACACGCAGAAACCGCUCGACGUGAAGCAGCUCAAGCCGGAGAUCAAACUCGAGCCCGCCGACUCGCAGAAGAGGCCGCAUCCCGAGAAUGAGAUGAUGGGAGGCGAUCUCGACCAGCCGAAGAUAAAAAUAAAAACGGACAUAUUCAAACCGGACGACUUGGCGCACAGGCCGGCUAUAGAUAAACCACUCGAUGUCGUACAGAAAACUCAAGACAUACAAAAACCAGUUGAUAUACAGAACAAAGAUGAUCAACUUAAUGUCUGCGUAGAGAACAAAACUGGGGACAAACCAGCCGAGUGCGUGCAGGCGGAGGGCGCAGGCGCGGCGGGCGAGGCGCCGCGACAUGAUGCCGCUCGCGACACGCUGCACGGUGAUGUGGACAGAAAGCCGUUCAGCAGUCCGGAGCUGCCGAAGUCUGGCACUGUUCCGGGGAAGGCGCCGACGCCUGGCACAGAGCCAAAGAAGCGGGGCCGGCCGAAGGGCUCGACCAAUAAACCGAAGCCGCCCGGGGCGAAGCUGUCGCCCCCCACGCCGGGGGCCCACACCCCCCGCGCGCCCGCGCCGCGGCCUGCGCUGCCCCCCGCCAGACCCCGUGCCACCGGCUACCAGUACGCGAUCAGACCGUUCAGGAAAGAUUUCUCCGGGAUACAGUUUAGAAGGCGGUGGAGUGACGAUUGCCUGGACUCGUCGCACAUCCCGAACGAAGUGUACUUCGGCGACGUGCCGGUGUCGCUGGAGGUGCUGUUCAACUACUACGACGCGAACGCCGAGCGGGAGAAGCUCGCCACGCAGGCCGCGCACAUCGCCGCGCAGAAGGCCGCCGCCGCCAAGCUCGCCGCCGCCAAGCUGCAGGCCAGGGGACUCCUCUCCAACGAGGUGACGACAGUGGACUCUUCAUCAUCAGACGACACGUCAGGUUCCUCGGGCAGUGAUUCGGAAGAAAGUGACGAUGACGCGCCGCUCAAGCGCGGUCCGGGCCGGCCGAAGGGCUCGAAGCGCCGGGCGGCGGCAGGCGCGGGCGGCGGCUCGGGCCGGCGCGGCCGCCCGCCCGUGCCGCCCGAGCUGCGCCAGCCCGGCAUCACCGACAUGAAGAAGUUCUGCAAGGCCGCCGGCAUACGCUUCGACUACAAGAAGCUCGUCGAAGGGUGUACAAAAAACAAGGAACGUGUACAAAAAAUGAUGGACCUGCUUGUGGCGGCUGGGCUGGAAGGCAAGCCGACUUUGGAGAAAUGCAAGGCGAUAAAACAGGCGACGAUCGACAAGAAAGAACAAGAGAAACAGGCGAAGAAAGAAGCACGGGCUAAACACAAAGAGGAUGAUCGCAAAACGGAGGGCGCGGUGCCGCGGCGCAUGACGCGCGGCGCGACGGGCGUGAAGCCGCGCCAGCGCAUCGUGAUCUCGUCGGACGAGGAGGACGACACGCCCGCCGCGCGCCGCACGCUCUCCAAGCUGCGCUCCAGCGUCAACGACGACUCCGACUCCGACUAGGUCACGGUCGGCCUAAUAAAUCGAUAGUGACAUCGGGACGUGAUUAUACGUCGAUAGUUCGACGUGGACAUUAUGCGUACCUCUAGAAAGUGCUUCGACGGAGGUCAGAUACUAGAAACUAUGUAUCGAGUACGUGUGAUUAUUUCCUACUAAUUUUAGGUUGUAUGUCGGAUGUAGUGUGCGGUUAUGUAUAUGACAAUAGUGUCUUAAUGUAAACGUAAAGUGCAAGCGUGGUGUAGUCGAGGUGAAAAAAUAUUAGCGGAAUGUGUUGUUUAUGAUUACGAUUCAUUCAGUGAUGUCAGAAUUUAGAUCUCGAAUUUAUUUUAUUCAAAUUGAGAAUGUGCUCCGGUUUCCUUUGUUAUAUAAAAAAAAUAAAAAUAUUUGUAUUUAAAAAAGGAAUGUUUGAGUGCAAACUCUAUAGUAACGUUAUAUUGCAUUUCAUAAUAACAUAACAAAUUCUUUUUAUUUAUCGACUAACUUUAUAAUAAUUUAUCGAUACUUUUUACAUAGAGAUGCACUUAAACAUAAGCUGAAAACAUUAUCGAAGACGGUAAGAAGAUAUUUUAAAAUCAAACUAUAUGUUUGAUGUGGCAGCUUUUUAUUUAUUCAAAAGAUCUACAAUUAAUAUGGGAGUGUGAAAGUAGAAAGGUGUGUAAUCUGAUAUAGAUUUAGAGUAUCGAGUUGGAUAUUGCGGAUUCAGUUAAGGUGAAGUCUGCAUACUUUAGAAAUUUUUGUUUAUAGUUAAUGAAAACGAUUUGCGAAGUUUGCAGUCUACGCCUUAUGGGCGUGUCGUGUGGGCCUGUGUCGAUAUUGAUAUUAUAUUUUAUCGACCCUAUUAUACGUAAAGUGUAGUGCAUUUAUUAGUAAAUCGUACAUUAUUUUAAAAUCCAUCGAUCUCACGUUUUCCAUAUAAAAUCGAAUUUAAUUAGAUGAAAUGGAACACUAAAUUCGUCUCCUUAUGCAUUCGGAAGUAUUUACUAGCGCUUGCUGAUCCGUCUGUACAAAAGAGAAAUAUAACACCAGGCGAUAAAUCUUUAACCAGCCCAUGGCUACAACUUAUAAGGUCCAAAAUUCAAUAUCACAGGUCACGAACCCACGCGGCACGCAGUUGAAAACAAAAUAAGUAGGACUAAAACCCCUCGCCUACUAUCUAAGUAGAAUGUAGUUACGGACGCUUGAAAACGGCACACGACAUUGUUCAUUAGUGCCUAUAUUGUGGAGUAAUUAUAAGUUUGCGUGACGCGGUUUACGGUGGCAUUCGUGCGGAUGAACUAUAGGGUGGAAAUGGUGAUGUUUUUUGUUUAUCUCUCUUUCCGUCUAGAAUCUAGACUCUAGACUGAUCGAAUUUAUUUUUUGGGAUUUAAUUUGCUAGACAACAGGUGCAUUGUAGCCAGUUUUCAGUGAAUUUGAUUAAAUAUUUUUUUUUACAUAAUUUUUUUGACGCAGAAGUGUUUAUUGCUACAUUUUGGUCAAAUUUUUAUUUGAUGACCCCCAUCGAGUAAUUCAAUUGUAAUCAAAGUUCUGGAUGGAGUUGCUACUGUUUAUCCGUUUGUCUGUUUCAUCAUUCAAUGCAUUAAAAAAGAGUCAUCAGAUCAUGUGACUCACACGUUGGAUCUUUCGACCAAUCACAAGCGAAUAACACGGUCGUUCGUUAAUAGACGACGUAGUGUUUAACGUCACAUUGGGUGUCGUUUUAGAUAUAUCUAGCGAUUGGAGGAAUAUUUCUCGAAAGCCUCUUACGAGUAUUAUGGCACUGCGCGUUAUAACGAUAAAUGUAACAGAAAGGUCAUUACAAACAUCGGAAACUAUUAUUUAUUUUGUAACAGUUAUAAAGUACAUAAUUACAUUGGCUACAAUAUCCUUCGGGGAACAGUUUACACUGCAAGAAUCAGAAUCUAGAUACAAGAUUAGACAUAGGAGAUUUUACAUUUACCAUCGAUAUAGUAGAAAAUAGAUAAAAAAUAUUGCCAUAUCCGAUCCUAUGGUUUAUCCAUACGAGUAGCAACAUCAUAAUCGUUUUCAUUUAUUUACAUAACGAUGCGCUGUAUGCGAUCGUAAAAUUUUUAUACUCUAGUUUUUAUAUAAAUUAUGAAUAAAUUGGUAACACCAAGACGAUUGAAUUAAGGGGUCAAUGUAUAUAAUUAUUGAGUAUAUAUUUGAGUGUCGCGGUUUAUUUUUGUACAGAGAAUGUUUCGGGCGUGUGAUGGGCUUUGUACAUACGCGUGUGAAAGGAAAUUACAUUAUUUAAAUAAUAUACCCAUCGGAGAUCGAAAGCCGUACUUUUAUGGUGUUCUUCCUUUUGGCUGCAAUGCCUUGACUUCAAUUUUUUUUAGUAACUUUAUUAUAGGAUUACAUCGAUAUGGUCUUCUUGAUUUUUUUGCAUUUUCAAUUAACAUAUCGAUUAGUUCGCAUCUCGGCGUUUUACAUAAUUGCUAAGACAAAUCCGAAUAAAUCAAUUUUUUAUUUAUCAUUGUCUUCUAUGUUUUUCAUACUUAUUUCCCAAAAUACAUCCUAAAGACAUUCGUAUUAUCGAUAUUUAAUUUUACCAUAGAAGUAGAGAUUGCCGAGGUGCCUAAUCGAUAUGGUCUAAUCGAUUAUUACAAGGAUCUGAAUUAAAUUGUGCAAGAAGGUACGGAGUGUUCAGAAAUUUUGUCUUUAUGCAUAAUAUAAUUCCCUUAGUGGAUGUAGAGGAUUCCGUAAUUUAACUAUUGUAUUGAUCGUUUACAUCAAAUAUUUGUAUGCGUGACUUCAUUUGCGUUGUAAUAGAUGAUUAUUUUACUAUCUUCAAACCAAAGUCUUUAGGCGCGGGUUGAUGGAUCAUUGUGGAUGACCAAUAUGUUUAUAACUUUGUGGCCAUUUAUAUAACUUGGGCAAGAAAACUUUGGUAUCCUGGCCGUGUCUCUCAAAAACGUUACAGGAUCCUACGUUUCGAUAUUACGUGUAUGGGCAAUGGCGUAAUAGGGUGCAGGAAUGGCAAAUACCAGGGGCCCUUGAUAAAGGGGCCAACGGGCCUAGGAAGACCAUGGGCCGACUUUUCAAGACCCGCAGAUCUUGACUAAUGGUUGAUGUGCUCUAUUGUUGAGUUAUGAAGAGUCUGACUUCCAAAAUUCCUCUCGUUCCUCGGAAACGGGAAGAUAUUUAUUAGCUGGAUUGACAUUGCGGAAAAAAGGUCUCGCUCCGAUAAAUUUGUCAUGAGCUUCAACGACAUAGUUGUGCAUUAGAGUAGAGUCCCUAUCUAGAAAGUUUUGGUUAUGAGAAGUCCAUGAUCUGCCGCGAUGUCCAAAUUAUUGCAAAUAACAUGCCACAAAUAUCGCCUCUGAUAUAUUUAACUUUGAGAUUAAGUUCCUAAAUCAAAUUUAAUUUACACUCCUUUUAAAAUUAUAUUGAAACAAUAAAGGCGUUUUACCUGGUUUUCAUUAACGGGUUAUUUUAACCGACUAAAUAAUAUUAUUUUGCGAUGUAUAAUUUUAUGAUAAUUGCGGACCAUUAUGCAAAUUUCAAUUCAUUUUGGUUCUUAUGCGUCUUAAAAUAGGUAACGAUACAUUUUUCCCACACGAUACUAACUUUAAUUUGCAUUUACAUUUAUAUUGUUAGUUCAUGUAAAAUGAAAUCUACCAAUUUUAUUACAAUCAAUGUAUAAAACUAUAGUAUUCAUAAUGAAUUUCUGAUUAAUAGCAAAUUUCUGUAUCUCGUAAUAUGCCUUUUUGGAAAAGCGGCCAUCGAUGAGAUCAUUUUUCAUGUGGGUUUUUUCGACUCUAAAAAUCAAAGUAUUAUUUUUUGGAAAAACAUGUCUUCAAGUACCUACUUCUCUGCUCGAUUUGACCAAAGUUUUAAUAUUGUCUUGCCUUUGUAAAGAUUGUAAAAGAAUGCUGUUUUUAGGGUGGCGUCGGUUCUCUUUGUCGAUAUUUUCUUUGUUCCUUAUACAUGGUGUUUGGUUUUAUCAACGCUUUUAAAGUUGAGUGAAUUUCUAAAUUUUCAGCUUCGAAUUUAAUUUUGAUCCUAAAGACGUCUAAUAUUACUAAGAGACAAAAAAACAAAGAGUAACUCUGGAUAAAUAAAUGAAUUCGUAAAUGAGUUCCGUUUAAGUAAACCUCGCUCGUGGAAUAAGACUUAUAUCUUGAAGCAUAAAGGCGAUAUUGCAAUAAAUGUUAAAAAUAAUUAUUCGAGCAAUACGCGGAUAUUGCUUUUUGUGUAGCCUUUUUAAUUUCUAAGUGAAAGUGUGAAAUGUAGGAAAUUCAUAUAUUCUACGUAUAAAGAAUUAAAUAAAAGCAGAAUCACAAUAUUAAUAAAGAAAAUAAUAUUAUAUAGAAAAAAAAUAUAUUGAAAAAUGUUGUACAUAUUAGUCCUAGAGAACUUAGAUAUUUAAGUUUUAUCAUUUUAAGAUAUGAUAGAUAUUUGUAUUUGUAACAUAUAUUUAGAUGUGUUUUUCAUUUACCAUAAAACAAAUAUAUAUCGACGAUUUUGAAU